GACUAUGAGUUCCCUUUACGGACAAAAGUCAAUAUUGGGUAGUCGGUACCCUGUCACUUCCUUCAUAGUUCCAAAAAUCUGUAGUGUGAUAUCUUUUAAUUUUUGGUACAACCGAAAUGAGUAGUGCUCUAAUGUCUCAAUUACAUUUCAGCAGCAGCACCAGCUGCUGCUUGAAUCUAAAUUCAACGCAUCGAAAUCUCCCCAAAUUUGUAUCAACAACGAGCCAAGUUGCUAGUUUUCGUUUCUCAACCAGAAAAUUUAGCAACACUCUUUGCUUUGCUGUUGACAAUUUAAAGGGAAACGAGCAACUUUCAAGUAAAGUUGAUGUCAGCUCAGCUGUUGAAGCUAGACCCAGUCAACCUGAGGAAGUUGGUCAAGAAGGUGGACAAGGUUUCCUCUACAAUUUGCUUUAUCCUAGCAAAGAUCUUCUCCCUGAUGACAAAGAGAUGACUAUUUUUGAUCAUCUAGAGGAGUUACGGCAGAGAAUCUAUGUCUCUGUUUUGGCACUUGGAGCCACUAUGCUGGGAUGCUUUGCUUUUUCAAAGGAAUUGAUAUUACUACUUGAAGCUCCUGUAAAAGAGCAAGGUGUUCGUUUUCUCCAACUAGCACCUGGCGAGUUUUUCUUCACUACUUUAAAGGUUGCUGGAUAUUGUGGUCUUCUUCUAGGGAGCCCAGUGAUUCUAUAUGAGAUCAUCGCAUUUGUUCUUCCUGGUCUUACUAGGGCGGAAAGAAGAUUUCUAGGACCUAUUGUCUUGGGCUCCUCUGUGCUAUUCUAUGCUGGUCUUACCUUCUCCUAUUUCGUUCUCACCCCAGCAGCACUGAACUUCUUUGUGACAUAUGCAGAAGGGGCUGUUGAAUCAAUUUGGUCUAUUGAUCAAUAUUUUGAAUUUGUGCUGGUACUCAUGUUCAGCACUGGGAUUUCUUUCCAGGUUCCAGUAAUUCAACUUCUGCUGGGACAGACCGGCUUGGUUUCUGGAGAUAAAAUGCUAUCCGUUUGGAGAUAUGUUGUGGUAGGCGCAGUCGUCGUAGCUGCUGUGGCUACACCAUCUACUGAUCCUCUCACACAAAUGCUUCUAGCAGGGCCACUUCUGGGGCUUUAUCUUGGAGGCGCGUGGAUGGUAAAGCUCACUGGUGGUUAGUUGCUGAACCAGGCCAUAUAGAGUGUGAGGUUCUGCUGAUGCCUAGUAUAUAGUAGUUAAUUCAUCUUUUAUUGUAUUGAUAUUUGGUAGGAUUAGGAAUAUCUGUUAUAUUAGAUGCUAUACAUUUACAUGGGUUUUUAUAGACUUUAAAUUACUUUUCCCAAAGAGUGGAAAAGAUUUCUUAUUCAACCUAAGGUACCAGAGGAAGAAAUGAUAUAUAUUUCCUCCAUUUUUCAAUAA